CGUGCGAGCGAGAGAGACGCACACACAGAGAGAGACUCGCCUUCCUUUCGUCUCAUCAUCACCAUCAUCGCCUCUUUCCCUCCUUCUUCCUCUUCGUCACUCUUCCUUCUUCUCACACUCUUUGCUAUAGCGCGCCGACUCUGUUCGUUGUUGCGCCUCGCUCCCCCCCCUUUCCCUCCCGGAUCCACGCUCCCUCGUCGCCUCACUUCUUGAUCUCUCCUUGGUAGGAGGCAUCUGCGCCCGCCCGCCCAAGCAAGCUCGCAGCGUACUCUGCUGCUCGUAGCUACGAUCUCGGUCUCUCUGUCAUCUCGCUCGUCUUCACGAUCCUGUUUACGACAUACACGACAAGCAAGCGGCUGCGCGAGAUCCUGGACGACCAAGUCUCUCUGCUCUGCGCUGCUGCGCCUUUGUACUCCUCCUGAGCUCAACAGGGACAGCCUCCCGCCGCCGCCGCCCCGAUGCCGAUGCGCAACAGUGACUUCACAAAGUCCUUUGUCCGCAAGCCCGGCUCUCGUGCCACUGGCGGUGACACAUCAAUACCGAUCCGUACAGAGGCUCCACCCCCUCUACGCCAGCCAACACGCAUAGCGCGCUCCAAGACCUUGACCCGCCCUGAGCGAUUUCAGCCACAAGUUCCACUCAUCAAUCCGCAAGAGGGUCCUGCCUCAGGGAAAUCAGAGCCUGGUUCACCGACAUGGCGCAUCUUUUCGCUCCUUGUUACCUUUUGGGCUUGUAGUCCGUGCAUGAAGGCGUGUGGGAUCAAGGAUCGACCCAGCCAGCAGGCGUGGAGGGAAAAGGUGGCACUGGUAUUCCUUGCGCUGUGCAUGGGCGGGUUUGUGGGGUUCAUCACCAUGGCUCUGAACCGUGUACUCUGUCCCGUGUCUGUCUCGGCGGACUCGACGUUGUUCGAUCGGAUUGGUAGCGGCAAUAGCGCGGCGUUGGGCAUUCAGGGCUGGGACUUUGACGUCUCACAAGCCAAGCUGCCAGGCGCAAACGACGUCGGAGUCAAUCUAUACACGAUGGCGUCGACGCUCUCGGGCUUCGACGUCACUCCCCUCUUCACUCGCACCGACUUCCCCGCCUGCGCAGGCAAGACGGCCGCCUACGCCACGGCGGACAGCUGUACGCCUGCUGAAGCUGGGCAGGCUAAAUGCCCGCUCGGCGCCCUGACUACGGCGCACCUCGCUGAGCUCAAGCUCACCAACAUGACGCGCCGCGUGGGGUACGGAUGGGACGAUCUGGGCAACGCCACCUUCCGCAACUACAUUGUGCUGGACGGCAACGUGCUCAACCUCACGCCUUAUAUCAAUGCUCACCCAACCGCAAUCGCAAAUGACAAGGUCGAUCUGGCUAUCCGCACGCAGCUCACCAGCAUCGACGCAACGGGCGGGCGUGAUGCGACGAAGCUCUUCUACUCUAGCAGCGAGACCAAGGACGCUGUGCGCUGUCUGGUGCAAAAGUACUACGCGGGACACAUAGACAAGGUAUCGCCGGGCUGUUUCGUGUCGGACCUGUUCCUCUACGUCUCCCUGGUCAUCAUCCUCGGCCUGGUUUUCGUCCGCUUCCUCAUGGCCAUCUUCUUCUCCUGGUUCAUGAGUGCAAAGAUGUCUGCCCCACCCAAAGAAGACGGGCGACGCAAGCUGGGGCACAGCAUGCUGCCCAACGGGGCCAUGAGUACCGUAGACGACGGCGGGGCGGCGCCGUGGGCUGGCGCGGGGGCUAAGCAGCAGCAGCAGCGUCGCCUCGUGUCGGAUGCAUCGUCGCAGGUGUCGAGCAACUUUGGGAGCGGGGCGCUCAACCGGCAGACGAUUGGCAAUGAGCCCUACAUCAUCUGUCUGGUGACGGCCUAUUCCGAGGGCGAAGAAGGGAUCAGCAACACCUUGACUUCGCUAGCAGAGUGCGACUACCCGGACACGCGCAAGCUCCUCUUCGUCGUGGCAGACGGUAUGGUGACGGGGUCGGGGGAGAGCCAGUCCACGCCUGACAUCUGCGUAAGUUUGCUCGAGGCGGACGAGCGCUUCGGCACUCCCAUGCCCAUGAGCUUCGUGAGCGUCGCCCAGGGCAAGAAGCAGCACAACAUGGCCAUGGUGUACGCGGGCCAUUACGUGCGCGCAGGAGGGCAUCGCACGCCGAUGGUCGUCGUGGUGAAAUGCGGGACGAGCGAUGAGUUCAACGAGGCCAAGCCUGGCAAUCGUGGCAAACGAGACUCUCAGAUGAUCCUCAUGAAUUUCCUGCAGCGCGUGACGUACAACGAUCGCAUGACCCCCUUGGACUUCGACCUCUUCCGCAAGUUCCAGGGACUCAUGGGCGUCACGCCCGACUUUUUCGAGUUGAUCCUCAUGGUGGAUGCGGAUACCAAGGUGUUCCCGCAGGGGAUGCGCAAGUUGUCCAAUGCGAUGAUGCGGGACCAUAUGAUUAUGGGGGCUUGCGGUGAGACGAGGAUUGCAAACAAGACGGCGAGCUGGGUGACGGCGAUUCAAGUAUUUGAAUACUUCAUCUCACACCACAUGGUCAAGUCCUUCGAGUCCGUCUUCGGCGGCGUCACCUGUCUGCCCGGCUGUUUCUCCAUGUACAGGAUCAAGGCGCGCAAGCCCAGUGACGAUGACUGGGUGCCUAUCAUUGUCAAGCCCGAGGUGACGCGCGAGUACUCGCAGUCCACCGUAGUCACGCUGCAUCAGAAGAACCUCCUCUUGCUUGGAGAGGACAGGUUCUUGACCACUUUGCUGCUUAGGACUUUCCCGAAUCGCAAGAUGGUCUUCGUCCCGCAGGCAAGGUGUAGGACUGAGGUGCCCCAUACGUUCAAGAUGCUCCUCUCACAACGCCGUCGCUGGAUCAACUCGACGAUCCACAACCUUAUGGAGCUCGUCCUCGUCCGCGACCUCUGCGGUACCUUCUGCUUCAGCAUGCAGUUCGUAGUCUUCAUGGACCUAAUCGGCACCGCCGUCCUCCCCGUAGCCAUCUGCCUCACCUACGUACUGAUCGUCUCGUACUGCCUGGACCCUCCGCACACCUUCUCGCAAGCCAUCCCCUUGAUGCUGCUCAUAGCCGUCAUCGGUCUACCGGCGGUGCUGAUCCUCAUGGCGACACGCAAGGUAGUCUACGUCAUGUGGAUGGGGGUGUACCUCAUCUUCUUGCCGGUGUGGAACUUCAUUCUGCCCGUGUACGCCUUUUGGCACUUUGACGACUUCUCGUGGGGAGAGACGCGUAAAGUCGAGGGUGAAGCCAAAGGGGCCGGGCAUGGCGAUGCCGAGGGAACGUUUGCGGCCGCUUCGGUGCCGUUUAGACGGUGGGAGGAUUGGGAGAGAAGCAGGUUGAAGAAGCAGAAGCGCGAGGAGAAGCGGAGGAGAGAGAUGGAGGAGCAGUACGGCGGGGAGUUCUGGAAUGACCAGCAGCAGCGCGAUGCCGGGGCGGGAUUGCAGCCGAGGGGUAGGCGCGACUCGGACUCUUUCUCGGAUACGACGCAAGAGGAUGUGUGGGGUGCGCAGAUCGGCGUGUACGAGGAGGCCGCCCCGCCUCCGACGCGAAUCGUGCGUCACACGAUGAUCAUCGACAGUAACGACGUGCUCGGGGCUGGGGAACUGGAAGCCAUGUUGGAGAAGGAAGGCUUCGAGCAACCAGCAGCACCCAAGCGCGGAGCCAGUCGUCGAGCCAAAGGGAAUGGACCGAGUGGGCAGCCCCUCGCGCCCAGUAGAGCACAGGCGCGCAGGUCGGUGCGUUUCUCGCAGGCUCACCCGAUGCCGCAGCGUAACAACAACAAUAGGCACGGCAACGGCAGCCCGACGUCAGCGUCAUCGCCGCACCUCCACCCAGGCAACAACGGUCACGAUGCAGACCCGUUGCGACGCACGCCCAGCCCCCUCUCCACUUUCACGCAGCACAGCACCAACUCCUUUGUGGCGUUGGGAGAGGAGGUCUCCCUCAUGCGCGGCGUAGGCGGAGAACUAGGCUCGGCCACUUCUUCGCACGGCGGCUUUGCGCUCGAAGACCUGGGACCGCAGAGGGGCGUCGCCGGGUCGGGGCAGAGCAGUGCGACUAGUACUGGGGCGAGUCCCUACGGGUUCGCGGGGGGACAGCAGGGACAUGCGAGACAGCGUAGUCAGGGGAGUGGACAGCAGUAUCAUCGCGUGGACCUGGGAGGGCGAGGGCCACCCCAAGGAGGAAGACGAUGAUGCGCGAAACUUGCUGGGAUACAGCUUCCUCAUCGUGAUCCUGUCGCGCCCAGGCAGACGGGUGGUUGCUCAUAGCCACCUAAUUUGGAUGCUUGUUUGGAAUCGCACCUACCACGCCUUGCCUGCCUGCCUGCCUCACACCUUUGAUCCUCGCUUUGGAAUCUUGCCUUGCAAUCGUGCCUUGCCCCACCCUUUCUCUCCUCUGCGUG